GCCGUUUUUGAAAUUCCAGAAUAGUUAGGGUUGAACGGGAGCCCUGGAGAUCAGCCGGUCCAACCGCCCUGCAAGGCAGCGUCCCUGAUGCAUCCGGGUGGAUUUGGAAUGUUUCCAGAGAGGGAAACUCCACGGCUUUCCAGGGAAGCCUGCAGCAGUUCACCUGGCUCUUGGCAAGACAUCUGAUACUGCACCGGUGAAAUACUCUGUCCUGCAACAAUACCUACAUAAAAGCUUGGCUGUAAUAAAUUAAGCUUUUAAAAAUCGUAAUUCCUGAAAAUGGAUUUUCAGUUUAAUUUUGCUGUUGAUGAAAAUGAGAACAGCGAGGCAGAUGCUCACUUCUUGCUGCUGUGCUCUCCAGAACAGAAGCAGGAAUCUACAGAUAAGAGCAGGGAAAAUGCUGAUCUUGCAGCAAAGCCCGGCCCGAAGCUGGCUGCUGCUAAGCACCAGGAUGAGGCAGCUUUGAAGAAAAACCUCUGUGUUAAAGCUGCCAAGGAGCACAGCAUUCCCCAAGACCUCAACAAAGUAUUGGAAAAUAAAGUCAUGGAAACAGUAUUGGGCCUGUCUCAUGUAAAGCUGUCUGUGGUGGAAAGGACGUGUUCAGGUGAUGCUGACAGCGAAGGCAUCGUGUCCAAAAGUGUUUCUUCUCACUCUGAUCUCAUCCCAGGAGUCUAUGAAGGAGGGCUGAAAAUCUGGGAAUGCACCUUUGAUCUCAUGGACUACUUGACUGAGGCUGAGAUAGAAUUUACCAACAAGACUGUAUUGGAUCUUGGCUGUGGGGCUGGAUUGUUGGGAAUUGUUGCUUUACAGGGUGAAGCUGCCAGAGUCCAUUUUCAGGACUACAACAGCACAGUGAUUGAUGAAAUAACCUUGCCUAACGUGGUGGCCAACUGUAUCAGUGAAGGCAGGAGUGGGAAGGACAGAAAAGCCAGCAAUCCUCCUUCAAAGAGGCCCAGGAAAGCAGAGAGCUCACCUGAUGUGCUCAGCAGAUGCAGAUUUUUUUCUGGAGAGUGGUCUCAAGUCAGCCAGCUCCUGUCAAACAGCAAACCCUGUUUGAAGUAUGAUAUAAUUCUCACCUCUGAGACCAUCUACAACCCUGACUACUACAGUGCUUUGCAUGACACACUGGCUCAGCUCCUGGAUGCAAAUGGCCACGUGUAUUUGGCAAGCAAAGUGCAUUAUUUUGGGGUUGGUGGUGGUGUCUAUCUCUUUGAGAAGUUCAUUGAAGAUAAAAAUGUGUUUAGAACCAGUUUGGUUAAAACAAUUGAUCAAGGUCUGCAGAGAUGCAUUAUGGAAAUUGCCUUUAAAAAUUCCUGUUAAAAUUAAACUAAUGAUCUUCCAAAAAAUAACUCAAAAAUGUUUUAA